AUGAGGGCCCUUACCGAAGAAGAAACCAAAACCCUCUUCCAGAAGCUCGCCAACUACACCGGUCGAUCCCUCAACCAGCUCAUCCAGCCUACCGAAGAUAACGAGCGCUAUGUCUUCCGAAUUCAGGGUUCACGAGUAUACUAUGUGAAGCAAUCGAUUGCGAACCUUGCGACUAGUGUUGCGCGCGAUAACUUGCUGAGUUUGGGUGUCUGCGUUGGAAAGUUCACCAAGACUAUGAAGUUUAGGUUGCACAUUACUGCACUCGAUCUCAUUGCUCCCUAUGCGCGGUAUAAGGUGACAAUCAAGCAGAAUGGAGAGAUGCCUUUCUUAUAUGGCGGAAACGUCGUCAAGGCCCAUGUCUUGCGAUGGUCUGAGGAUUGCCCUGAGCACAGUGGAUGCGUUGUCUUCUCGCAAGAUGACACUCCAUUAGGCUUUGGAGUCACCGCACGAUCAACCGCUGAAGCAAGAAAACUCGAGCCUACCGCCGUGGUGCUCUUCCGCCAGGGCGAUGUUGGUGAAUAUCUGAGAGAGGAAGAUUCGUUGUUCACGACAUAG